AUGAUAUCAAAUUCAAGGGAAAAGGGUUUCCAAGCAAAGCAAGAGGGCCACAACAACACCAAUAAUGAUGGAAACAGUAGUAAUUUCAACAAGGAAUCAUCAUCAAGUACUACUACUUCAAGACAAUGGUCUGGAUUUAGAAAUCCAAGGAUUGUACGUGUCUCGCGCACCUUCGGAGGAAAAGACAGGCACAGCAAGGUUUCCACGGUGAGGGGAUUGAGGGACAGGAGAAUUAGGCUCUCAGUACCAACAGCCAUUCAAUUAUAUGACCUUCAAGACAGGCUUGGACUUAGCCAGCCUAGUAAGGUAAUAGACUGGCUGCUUGAUGUUACUGAAGAUGAUAUUGAUAAGCUCCCACCUCUCCAAGUUCCUCAUGGAUUUGCUCAUCAAUUUCAUCAGCAAAUGCUAAAUCCUCAUCAUUCUCAUGAUCAAGGUCACCAGUCUAACAAUUCUCUUGCUGCUGCUCCUUUCUUUGAUGUAAAUUCUUCAUUUAUGGAGGCAGAUCAUCAAGCUCAUCAAGUAGUUCAUGACCAUCAAAGAAGUUCUACUACUACUAAUGUGGGUGAUCGGAAAGGCAAGUCAAUCAAAACACACGAUGAACAAGAUGAUGAUGAUCAAAAUCAUCAUCAAAAUGGCAAUAUUGGGGGUGGACAACUCUUGGCUCAGAAGCUAUUUCCCCAAGGCAAUCAUCCUUCCUCCAUACCUGGCCUGCUAAACAAUGCCAUGGCAUACAAUUACUAUCAUAAUUAUUCAGAGCCUUCAAGUUUAUCUCUAUCUCAAUUUGGUGGCCAUGGAUUUCCACCAGUGCCCCAAAUAGAUCAUCAUAGCCAUAUGAUGAGCAAUGCCUUAUCAUUUUCAACUUCAAUGCCAUCUGGAUCUCAAUUGUUCUUCUGUCCAUCAACAGCAACACCCUCCCUUUUCGGUCCAUAUCCUCCGUAUAUUACCAACCCGGUAGUGGAGAGAGGUACUAAUACUAGUGAGCCAAGAUCACAAGCCAACCAUUUCCAAUUUUUGAGCUCAUCAAAUUCACCAAAUCUCCUACCAAAUGCUCUCAUGUCUUCUCUUCAGUCUUUGAAAUCCUAUCCAACAUCGGUCAAUCCCAAGCAGCUCCAUUCGAAUUCACAGGAUAACAAUGGAAGCCAACCAAACAAGGACCAUAAUUAA